AUGACAAGACAAUGGGUCCUGCUUCUAUCCACUCUGCUCUGUGGCUUGGCUGGCCCCAUUCCUCUGUUUCAACAAAGCCUGAUGCUGGACUUGGCCAAGGUCCUUCUGGAAAAUUAUGUCUUCCCAGAGCACCUGGUGGGGAUGCAGGAAGCCAUUGAGCAGGUCAUCAAGAAUCCUGAGACUCUCACUAUUUCAGACCCCCAGACUCUGGCCCAGGUUCUGACUACUGGGGCACAGAGCUUCCUGAACGACCCUCACCUGGUCAUCUCCUAUGAGCCCAGUGCCCUUGAGGCUCUCGAGCAGCAAGUUCCAGAACUCACCAACCUCACACAAGAGCAACUGCUGGCCCAGAUGCAGAAUCACUUUCACCACCAGAUUCUGGAGGACAACGUGGGCUACCUGCGAAUGGAUGACAUCCCGAGUCAGGAGGAGGUGAGCAUGCAGGGGGCCCUCCUGGUGGCCAGCGCCUGGGAAAAUCUCACAGCCACAUCUUCCUUAGUGUUGGAUCUUAGACACUGCACGGGAGGCCGUGUCUCUGGCAUCCCCUACCUCAUCUCCUACCUCUACCCAGGAAACACGGCCCUGCAUGUGGACACCAUAUAUGAGCGCCCCUCCAAUACCACCACUGAGCUCUGGACCCUGCCCCGGGUCCAGGAAGAGCGGUAUGGUGCAGACAAGGAUGUAGUGGUUCUCAUCAGCAACCUCACUGGGGGUGUGGCUGAGAACAUUGUUUACAUCCUCAAACAGAUGCGCAGGGCUAUUGUGGUGGGUGAGCAGGGUGUGGGGGCUGCUCUGGACCUCCAGAAGCUGAGGAUAGGACAGUCUGAUUUCUUUGUCACCCUGCCUGUCUCCAGGUCUCUGGGACCCAUGGGCAGGGGUAGCCAGACACAGGAGGGCAGCAGGGUGCUGCCCUAUGUAGGGGCACGGGCAGAUCAGGCCCUGGAGAAAGCCCUGGCCAUCCUCACACUGCGCCGUGCCCUCCCAGGUGUCAUGCAGCGCCUGCAGGAAGCCCUGCAGGACCACUAUGCGCUGGUGGACCGUGUACCCACCCUGCUGCACCACUUGGCCAGCAUGGACUUGUCUGAGGUCGUCUCCGAGGAAGAUCUGGUUGUUAAGCUCAACACUGGUUUGCAGGCUGUAUCACAGGACCCCAGGCUUUCAGUUCAGGCUGUGAUGCCCAAAGAAAUCUCUUCUGGGUCUGAGGCUGGGGCUGAUGAGUCCCCAGAGAUGGUUCCAACAAUGCCUAAGGAUGACUCAGCGCUGCAGGCCCUGGUGGACUCUGUGUUCCAGGUGUCAGUGCUGCCUGGCAAGGUGGGCUACCUGCGCUUUGACAGUUUUGCGGAGGCCUCUGUGCUGGGCGUGUUGGAGCCCUAUAUCCUGCGCCAAGUGUGGGAGCCCCUGCAGGACACAGAGCAUCUCAUCAUGGACCUGCGCCAGAAUCCCGGGGGGCCAUCCUCAGGGGUGCCCUUGAUACUCUCUUACUUCCAGGGCCCCAACACCGGCCCUGUGCGUCUCUUCACCACCUACAACCGCCACACCAAUGUCACCCAGGACUAUUUUAGCCACCCAGAGCUGCAGGGCCGGCAUUACGGCACCCGCAGUGGGGUGUAUCUGCUCACCAGUCACCACACUGCCACCGCUGCGGAGGAGCUGGCCUUUCUCAUGCAGUCUCUGGGCUGGGCCACGCUGGUAGGUGAGGUCACGGCAGGAAACCUGCUUCACACCUACUCAGUGCCCCUGCUGGAGGGGCCAGAAGGUGGCUUGGCACUCACGGUACCUGUACUCACCUUCACUGACCACCACGGGGAGUGCUGGCUGGGGGGCGGUGUGGUGCCCGAUGUCAUUGUGCUGGCCGAGGAGGCCCUGGACAGAGCCCAGGUGGUGCUGAGCUUUCACCAAAGCCUGGCAGCUUUGGUGGAGGGCACCAGGCACCUGCUGGAGGUGCACUAUGCCCACCCAGAGGUAGUGGGGCAGACCAGUGCCCUGUUGCAAGAAAAGCUAGCCCAGGGGGCCUACCACACAGCAACAGACCUGGACUCACUAGCCUCCCAGCUCACAGCUGACCUGCAGGACAUGUCUGGGGACCACCGUUUGCUCGUGUUCCACAGUUCUGAUGAGGUGGCAACCGAGGAGGAGCCCCCGCCAGCCUCCAUGGUCCCCUCCCCAGAGGAGCUCUCCUAUCUCAUUGAGACCCUGUUCAAGACAGAUGUGUUACCUGGACAGCUAGGCUACUUGCGUUUUGAUGCCAUGGCCGAGCUGGAGGCUGUGAAGGCCAUUGGACCACAGUUGGUGCGGCUGGUGUGGCAGGAGCUGGUGGACACGGCUGCCCUGGUCAUCGACCUGCGCUACAACCCAGGCAGCUAUACCACAGCCGUGCCACUACUUUGCUCCUACUUCUUUGAGGCAGAGCCCUUCCGGCACCUGUACUCCCUCUAUGACAGGAACACCUUGAGGGUGACAGAGGUGAAGACCCUGCCCCAGGUAGCCGGCCGCCGCUAUGGAUCCCGCAAAGACCUCUACAUCCUGGUGAGCCACAGCAGUGGAUCGGCUGCAGAGGCCUUUUCUCGCAGCAUGCAGGAUCUGCAGCGGGCCACAGUCAUUGGGGAGCACACAGGCGGGGGGGCACUCUCCGUGGGCAUCUACCAGGUGGCAAGCAGCCCCAUAUAUGCCUCCAUACCCACACAGAUAGCCAUGAGUGCCAGCACAGGAGAAUCUUGGGACCUGGCUGGGGUGAAGCCUGAUGUCAUUGUGCCUGCGAGUGAGGCCCUCUCCACAGCCCAGGACAUAGUGACCUUACGCGCCAAGGUGCCCACAGUGCUGCUGACAACAGGCAAGUUGGUGGCUGAUAACUACGCCUUCCCAGAGCUGGGAGCCAAGAUAGCUGCCAGGCUGAGUGGCUUGCAGAGUCACUAUGCCAGGGUGACCUCAGAAGAGGUCCUGGCAGAGAUGCUGGGCGCUGACCUGCAGCUGCUGUCAGGGGACCCACACCUGAAAAUGGUGCAUGUCCCUGAAGAUGCCAGGGACCAUAUUCCUGGGAUUGUGCCCACGCAGAUCCCUUCCCCUGAUGUCUUUGAAGAUCUGAUCAAGUUUUCCUUCCACACCAAUGUGCUUGAGGGCAACAUUGGCUACUUGAGGUUUGACCUGUUUGGAGACAGUGAGCUGCUCACACAGGUCCCCGAGCUGCUGGUGGAGCAUGUUUGGAAGAAGAUUGUGCACACAGAUGCCAUGAUCAUCGACAUGAGAUUCAAUGUUGGUGGCCCCACCUCAUUCAUCUCGGCCCUGUGCUCCUACUUCUUUGAUGAAGGCUCUCCAAUUCUGCUAGACAAAAUUUACAGCAGGCCCAAUGAUUCUGUCAGUGAACUCUGGACCCACACUUGGCUCGCAGGUGAGUGCUAUGGCUCCAAGAAGAGUGUGGUCAUUCUGACUAGCAAUGCGACAGCUGGUGCAGCAGAAGAAUUUACAUACAUCAUGAAGAGACUGGGACGUGCACUGGUCAUCGGGGAGGUGACCAGUGGGGGUUGCCAGCCUCCACAAACAUACAACGUGGAUGACACCCAUUUGUACAUCACCAUCCCCACGACCCACUCAGUGGGAGCUGCAAACGGCAGCUCCUGGGAAGGCAUGGGAGUGGUGCCUCAUGUGGCUGUCCCUGCAGAUGUGGCCCUCACCAGAGCCAAGGAGAUGCUCCUACCCAAUGUGCUGAGGGCAUAG